GAUAUAAAAAAUACAUAGACAGAAAGAAAGAGAGAGACAGCAGACAAUCCAAGGACGUGUUGAGUAGGAGGAAAAGUUUGCAACUUUUUCUUAACUUCCUUCUCCAAGGAGGCUAAAAAAAUUUCGGGAGGGGACACAUGACAUGAGUUCGCUACUGCAGGACAGCAACGCCGAGGAGAACAUUGACAAAGAGGAACAGAAUGGGAGCCUACCGAAGGAACAGUUGGAGAAUCUGAGCUCUCCAGGCGUUCGGAUCGAGGAUAUGGAACUCCGGGAAGAGUGGCAAGAUGAGGAAUUUCCCAAACCUCUUCCAGAAGAUAAUGAAGCCAUAACAGAGGAUGAGCUGAAUGCCAAUACAGAUGGUAAUAGACCAGUGCCGCCGAACACUCUGCAGUUGUGUGGGAACAAGCAUAAAAAGCGGCUCCUUGCACCAGCAAUCAGUUUGACCUUGGAAGGGAAUGGGGAGACAACACGGUCCGAGGAGAGGACUCCGGAUGAACCAGAAGGGGAUUCCUCUGAUCUAAAUUUAGAUGAAUUAGAUACCCCUUCAGAUAGUGAAUCAUUUGAGUUGCCGGAGAAUGGUAAUGAAUUUGAGUGGGAAGAUGAUCUGCCCCGGGUGUACCGUUCAUUGUCAGAUACUGAGAGUUUCCAGGGACACGUGACGGAUGAGGAAACGGAAGAUGGCAAGCUAUGGAGGGUUUUCCACAUUGGAGAGCAGGAAUAUCGGGUGGACAUGGCUACUGUAGAUCCGUAUAAGGCGGUCAUUUCUCAUGGAGGUUGCUCUGGUGAGAAUUUAACUGCAAUCAUUGUGUUUUCUUCAUGCUAUUUGCCUGAAAGCAGUCUACCUGAUUAUGAAAACGUGAUGGAAAAUCUCUUUAGGUAUGUUAUUGGAACUCUGGAAUUGCUGGUGGCUGAAAACUAUAUUAUUGUGUAUUUAAACGGUGCCACAACUCGCAACAGAGUGCCAUCAAUCAGCUGGCUGAAACAGUGUUACCAGACCAUUGACCGGAGGUUAAGGAAAAACUUGAAAUCUCUGAUUGUCGUGCAUCCAUCGUGGUUCAUUAAGGUGAUAUUAGCUAUUACCCGGCCUUUUAUAAGUUCAAAAUUCAGUAGGAAAGUUCGGUUUGUAAGUAGUCUUCUGGAACUCUCACAGUUGAUUCCCAUGCAACAUGUACAUAUUCCAGAAUGCAUUAAAGAGCUGGAUGCAGAGUUAAAUGGAAAUUCAGAAAGCUCCUAGAAGUCUUAUUAUUUUCGUGAGUGUGGGGAAUUCUGCUAAAUUGCUUUCUAUCUAAUGUGGAAGAGACAUUCUGAGUGGACAACACAAAUUGAUGAUGGUGCAGAUCAUAUAAGAACAGCAGAGAGAUGUUCAAGAGCAGUGUUGCAAAAUCUAUCCUACUUCGAAAUAAAUUUCCCUCCAACACAUUCAACAGUGGAUUUUAAAGAAAAAAUUCUGAACGGACGCUCGAUAGCUUAAUGACUCAACCAUACAGGACUGGGGAUGACGGGUUCAAUUCCCAGUGCAUGCUGAGUUUGUUUGAUCCAUAAAGUUUUGGGGGAGGGCCAAGGGGGUGCUUAGGAGAAUGAAAAACUGACCUAGGUUUCUAUUUGCAAUCACCAGCUUGAGAUUUCCAUUAAGAGUUUGUUUGCAGAAUGUGGAUAAGGAGGGAAUUAAGCUCCUGCAAUGGCAUUCAUGUUGCAAAUCUGUGCACAAUGGGUCACUAGGAAUGGUAAUAAUGUUGGGGGAAAGCAACAAUUGGAAUGUGUAGAGCAAGGAAUUAGGGUCCAGGAGAGAGUUUUAUCAGCAACCUUUGGUGUCCCCUCUCUGCUGUUUCCCAAUUGUUGAGUGAGUGGACAAUGGUGGCAGGCGGUGUUAAUCAGCCUGACGUUGCCAGGGAAUGUUAUCAAAGCCGAGGGUUCAUUUACAAAUGGUAUUGGGAUCAAUGUAUGGGAUGUGCUUUGGGGAUGACAGGGACAGAGUAUGAUGGAGGCAGUGUGGAGGGCUUUUUACUUUUGCUGUACUAACUUAAGAAGGGUGAGUGCCCUUCCUCUGGGUUUGUCUCACGGUCUUGCAAGCAGUUUCAUGGCAUGGUGGGGAACCAAGGGGAAAACCAUCUAAUUUGAACUAAAACCAGAUGGUUGCAAGUUCAAGAUCUGUUAACUCUAUUAAUGUUUCACUGAAUUGGAAACCUGUACAUUGGAGGAGGGAGAGGGUUUACAUUAAGCCUGUUCCCAAGUCAAGGUUUCAUACAAUGUGUUUUUUUUUCCUAUUAAAAAAAAACUUAAACUGAUAUCCAAAAUAAUAUAUGUUUUAUUGUGAGAAUUUGUUUCCCUUCCUUUUCGGGUUUGAACCACUAAUCAUUACAAUUUUAAUAGGAACUUCAGUUUUGAGGCUCAAUGGCCUAAUGCUUAACACAGCACUAUUACCCAAUCAACCAGGGCCAAGGAUCUCAGUGUGAGCUGUUACCUUAUAGCAGAGGGUUCACCAGGCCAGUAGAAGGGAAGUAUUUUCUUAAUAUCAAGCAAGUUCUGCAGAUGCUGGUGAUAUAAAACUAAAAGAAAAUGCUAGAGAAAAUGCAGCAGGUCUGGUGGCGUCUGUGGAGAAAGAAACAGAGUUAAUGUUUCAAGUAGUAGGAGAAGGGGCUGGGAAACAAUGGUACUUAUGCUAUUGACAAAGGAUGAUGAGCAGCUGGGUAUAUGCAGAGCAAAAGGCAAAGGGACUGCUCAUGAUAAUAGAGUAAUAUAGGUGUUCAAAACAGAAAAUGGGAUAGGUCUGCUGAGAACAAACCCAUCGAAACAAGACACUUGGGAUGGGUAAAGGAUGUAAUUGAAAUGGAGAACCAUCUUCGAGUUCCAAAGUUGUUAACUUCAGAUUAUGAAACAGUAUAAUGAAUAAUUAGCAGAUUUGCAUAAAUGCCAUCAUUUUCCAGCACCACCAGUUCUGAUAAACUGUUUUUCUCUCCCCAAAUUGCUGCCCAAUCUGUUGAAUUUCUUCAGUUUGUCUUUAUUUAGGAAAUAUUCUGUCCCUGAGUAGAAGCAGGGAGAGAAGACCUGGUAUUGUUAACUCAUUCCAGAAGAUUUCAUCACCAGUUGCUGACUGUGGCAGUAGCAUUAACAGAAACUGCAGAGAAUCCGAGCCCUAUCUUGACCCAAUCCCCAAAUCUUCAUUAAAAGAACUCAUGACAAGAUAGUAAGGCCUGGGGAGAAAAGAAAGUGAUUUAUAUUUUUUAUAUAUAUAAUAUAUAUUUUUAGAAAGUCUUGAGAAUGUUUUAUGUUGAGUAAUUCCCCGUUGUCAUUUUGUAAAAAAAGUUCUUGUUUGUUUUUUAAUUUUGAAAAUGGCACCCAAGUCUUGCGGGAGAAAAUGAAAAUGAUGGGGGUAGAGACCUCCUGAUCCAAUUAGCCUGUCUCGUAUAAAUUCUGAAUUCGCACACAUCCACUUCCCCAUCCUGAGUCUCAUGCCCUUGAGAGGGCAAGGGAUACGGCAGAUGGGGGAUGCAACCUGGAAGAUACCUUUGUGACCGCGUUAGAUCAUGAAUAUAUUUUCAGGACACUAUUCCAGUGCCCCGUAGCCUCCUGGGCCAACCUGAUGCUUGUUGUUACCAUGGGCUUUACUAAACUCGUGUACAGAGCUGCCAAAGACCCAAGAAAAGCCAAUAAAUUGAUCUAAAAAAUAUAGUUUCUCCUUUUAAGCAGACAGCAGGAGAUUAUCUUGAGUGAGAAAUUCUCCCUCACCUUUUAGUACUCAAUUUAUGAGUACAUAUAUGCACUUCCUGGGAGUAGUUCUUCCUCCACUACCAGCAAGUAUAUUUAAGGACAUUAAAGUGUGUUUGCUUUUCUUUUCAUAAGAAGCAUUAUUUUAUUAUUGAGAGUAUUUCUCACUUUUUAAGAAUGCACUGGAUCAGAAAGAGCUGCAUGUCAAUACUUUAUUGCUCUAAUACUGUCUUAGUGAUUUAGAAAUUCUCUGUCAGCAGAAUUAAAGAUUUUCGAUAUACUUGGAAUAAUAAA